AUGAAUACUGAAAAAAAAUUCAGGAAAAGAAAAACUAGAAAUGUUUCAACGUAUGGGUUUCAUUAUGACAAUUGGAAGAAAAAUAUUACUAGUGUGAUUGAUUAUAAAAUUUAUGACUUUGAGAUAGAAGGAGACCUGAAAAAAAAAAGAAGAAUUUGCAGAGAAUUCAAUGACUACAUAGAUGACGAAAAAGAAGAGUUUAUAAAAAAAAAAUGUAAGUCAUUAAAUGUUGAAGGAGAGUCUGCAUACAAAUGCAACGAUGCAUGGGGUGAAGUGGAACGAUAUAUAAUUGACAAAAUAAAAGUGAAGUCCGAUCCUAAAUGUAAUAGAAAUCCUAGUAUUUAUCCAAAAGAAAAAAGAGAUAAAAGGAGGGAGAUAAUAAGUUUCUGUGAAGAUAGGGAUACGCGUUUUGAAGACAUGAAAAAGAAGAACAAAAGUGAUGAAUGUUUAAAUUAUAAUCAAUGGAUAGAUCAAUUUAAGAGUAACUUUAUUAAUACAAAACCAUGGAGUAUAAGUGAUAGCAAUGGAAGUGAUGAAGCUUUUACAAUUUCUAACAAUUGUACGUUGAUCAAUAUGGAGAUGUUUUCAAAUGAGGAUUGUAGUAUAUAUAAUUUGAAAUCCAAACCAACUUCAAGUAUAUUAUCAAGUCAACAAGGCUCAGAUACUCAUUUGGUAUCUUUACAAGAAACAUCUAGUAGCAAUGAAACGACAGUUAAAAGUAAUUCACAUACUACUAUCCUCAAACCUACAACAUUUGCAGCCCCACGCACGGUUGCAAAGAAUCCUGCACCCCUACUUUUAAGUGUAUCUAAACCUAUACCUUCAUUUUCACAAGAUACUUCACCUAUAUCUACAAAUAUAACUGAACAGAAAAAUGCAUCAACUCCUACAAAUGUAUUUAUACCCACAUCAGCAUCUGCAUCUGCAACUACACAGAAAACUCCGAUUAUGCUUCCACAUAUAAAUAUAUCUAUAAAUGAAUCACAAGCAUCUUCUACAAGAACAAAUAAUGUUUCUUCAAAUAAUGCUACAAAUCAUUUUAGUAUAACAAACAAUAGUGCUAUUAUUCCUUUAAAUUGCACAAAUAAUAAUGCGUUAAAUGGCACAUGUAAUAUUUCACAUUCUUUGUCUUCAUCUACUCAAAAUUCAGAUUAUAAAGAUAUACCCCCAAAUAAUUUGGUCACAAUUAAGCCUACAGGAAUUACGCCCGAUAUUACAACUACGCCUUUUAUUAUUCCUCUUUCAAUUGGAUUUGGAUCAUUUCUUGGAAUUCUGAUCCUUUUGAUCUUUUUAUAUAAAUGUACUCCCAUUGGAUCAUGGCUUGGUAACCGAAGAUCAAAGAAAAAAAAAAAAAAAUUAAAAAAAAAAAAAAAAGUACAAAUGAAUAGUGAAUUAAGAUCUCUAGGAUUUCUCGAUGAAAAAUCAGAGAGUAAUGUGAAAAAAAUUGGAACAAAUAAUAAGGAAAAUAAUUUUAUAUGUGAAGUUAGAUUAGAGAAUGAAAUUAGUGCAAAUGAAAGAUAUGGCGAAGAAGAAUCUCAAAAAGAUGAAAAUAAAAAAAAUAGGAAAAGAAAAGAAAAAAAAGAAGAACAUAAUGAAAGAUAUAUAGAAACAAAGAGAAAUAUUUUAGGCACAAAGGAGAUGUGGAAAUGGAAGACUGUAAUUGAAAUACAUAUGACAGUAUUAGAAGAGUGUCAAAAAGAGGAGUGGGAAUUGAAUAGAGGAGAAUUUCUAAGCAUUUGUCUAGAAGAAUUCAAAGAAGAUAUGCAUCCGAAUGUAAUUAACAGUAAUAUGAUAGUGGAAACAGAUCAAGAAAAAAUUACUAAUAUUUUUUUGAAAGAAAGGCCUCUAUGGAAAAUAUGGACGGAGUGGAAUGAUAAGUUGAUAGAGAAAUGGAAAAAGGAACCAUGGUUUAAAAAUUUGAAAAAAGAAUGGAAAAAAGAGAUAAAUAAAUCUAUAGAAUUAAUAGAAAAAGAAGAGAUGAUAGAAGGUGCAAAAAAGGGAACAAUUAACCUUAUGCUAGAGAGACAAAAAAUAAUAUGGAAGAAGUGGAUACAAAAGCAAAAUAAGUUACAUACUUUUGAUGAAGAAGAAUUGUUAAGACAAUUGUUACUAAAAUAUGCAGAAGAAGAAGAAAUGAAAAAAAAUAUAAAAACAGUAGAUAAAGAAAAAAUAAAAAUGGAGAUAGAGAGGAGAGAUAAAGAAGUUAAGGGUUCAAAAAAAAAUAAAUUCAUAUCGAGAUUAAGAAUAGAGAUACAUAUGAUGGUAUUAGACGAGUGCAAAAGAGAGGAGUGGAUAUUGAACAAAAAAGAAUUUCUGAAAACAUGCAUAGGAGAAUUAAAAUUACAUGAUAAUUCAAAUGAAAAAGAACUUUUAGAAGUGGAAGAAGAGAUAAUGAAAAACAUUAUAUUAGAAAAAAAAAAAGACGAAUUAGAGAAAAUGAAAGAAGAAAAACAUUUUAUUGAAUUGAAGCAAGAAUGGGAGAAUAAGGAAAAGAAAUAUAUGAGCGAGUUGAAUAAAGAAAACCUACUGGAUGAUAAUGAAGAAAGAAUUGAAAAUCCCAUGUUACAAAAACAAAAGAUUAUAUGGAAGAAACAUUGGGAAGAGAUACAUAGGAAGUUAGAGAGCGAAAAUAAGGAAGAGUGUUUUAUAAAGUUGAUGGAUGAAUUAAAGAAAAGAGAAGUGAAUAUAAAAGAAAUAGAUAAAAUUAAUGUAGCACAAAAAAAUAUAAAAGAAGAUGAAAUUGAGAAGGAAAAAAAAAGAGAGGAAUCACAUGGAAAAGAUGAAAAAGUAGGAAAAAAAAAAGAAAAAAAGAUAAAACAUAUGGAAGGACAGGUGGAAAAAGCAGAGAAAAAGAGUUAUAUGACAUUAAGAAAAAAGUUGAAGUGGAAAACUAUGAUAGAAAUACAAAUGCUAAUAAUAGAGGACUGUAAACAGGAGGAAUGGGAAUUAAACAGAGAAGAAUUUUUAGAAAUUUGCUUGAAUGAGUGGUUAAAAGAUAAGGGAUCAAUUGAAAAUGUAAUAGAAAAAGAAUCCAUAACAAAAGAAGAAGAAAAUAGUAACAUUGCAUUAGAAAAACAAAGAAUAUUAUCAGAGAAAUGGAUAGAAAGACAAAGAAGAACGUUGGAAAUGUGGGAAGAGGAAGAAUGGUUUAAAAAUUUGAAGAAAUAAUGGAAAAAGGAAAAAAAUGUAUAUAUAAAAGCAAUGGACAAAGCAGAAGUCAUUGAUGGAUCAUGUGAGAUAGAAAGAAAAAAAGAAUUAUGGAAACAAUAGAUCAAGAAACAAAGAAAAGUGUUUAUGAGAUAUGACAAGGAGAUGUGGUUUAAUAAAUUGUUAGAGAAAUAUGAGAAGGAAGAAGAUCGACAUAUAAUAAAAGAAAACGAAGAAAACAUAGAAGAAAAAAAAAAAAAUUCAGAUAAGAAGAAAGGAGAAGAAGUAAUAAUAAAAGAAGUAGAUAAGAAAACAAAGAAAAGUUUAAUAUCUCAUAUGUGCAUAGAGAUACACAUGGCAGUAUUAGAUCAGUGUAAGAAAGAAGAAUUGGAGUAUACGAGAAAUGAUUUUCUUAAGUCGUAUAUGGAACAAAAUAAAGAAAAUGAGAGAUCAUAUGAGCAUGAAAUGGAAAAUAAAGAAGUGGAUCAAGUAAAAAAAGAGAGAGAAAUGAAUUUAAUUAUAGAAAAGAAGAUAAAACAAUGGGAAUGUUGGAAAAAAGAAGAUUGGUAUCAAGAAUUGAAGUUAGAUUGGGAAAGGGAAAAGAAACAUAUGAUAAAAACAGCGGAUAGAAUAAAAGAAGAAAAAAUAGAUCCCAUGUUAGAAGCGCAAAUAGUUCAGAAAAAGUGGCAAGAAAAACAAAGAAAUAUUUUAAAGAAAUAG